AUGGCGUCGUCCUCUCAUGGGGGCGCAUCACUCCCCUCCGGCCCUGACGCUACAAAUCGCCGAGUAACAUAUUUCUACGACCCCGACAUUGGUACCUACUACUACGGCAAGGGACACCCUAUGAAACCCCAACGAAUCCGUAUGGCCCACAGCUUAAUCGUCAACUACGGUCUCGACCGUCGGAUGGAGAUCCUCCACCCAUUCCCCGCCGGGCCUAACGUCCUCAAACGGUACCACUCCGACGACUACGUGGACUUCCUGUCAACCAUCACACCCUAUGCUCCCCGUGACAACAAAUUCACUUACACCCUCAGGACAUUCAAUGUGGGUUAUAAAAACGAUUGUCCGAUCUUUCAUGGGCUUUUUGAUUUCUGUAAAUCCUCCGUUGGUGGGUCGAUUGGGGCUGCUGUGAAGCUUAAUAUGAAGGAAGCUGAUAUUGCGGUGAAUUGGGCUGGUGGAUUGCACCAUGCCAAGCGAAGUUGGGCAUCUGGGUUUUGUUAUACUAAUGAUAUUGUAUUGGGUAUUCUUGAGCUCCUCAAAGUUCAUACGCGUGUUUUGUAUGUAGACAUAGACGUCCAUCAUGGAGAUGGUGUUGAGGAGGCAUUUUACAUCACUGACAGAGUCAUGACUGUGUCUUUUCAUAAAUUUGGAAACUUCUUCCCUGGAACUGGACACGUUGAAGACAUCGGGGCAGGUCAGGGAAAGUACUAUUCACUAAAUGUCCCGUUGCAGGAUGGAAUAGAUGAUGAGAGCUUUCGUGGUCUAUUUCGCCCAAUCAUCCAAAAAGUUAUGGAGAUGUAUCAGCCUGAUGCGGUUGUUCUCCAAUGUGGGGCAGAUUCAUUGGCUGGUGACAGAUUAGGCCGCUUCAACUUGACUGUAAAAGGCCAUGCAGAUUGCCUUCAUUUCCUUAGGUCUUUUAAUGUCCCUCUAAUGAUUUUGGGUGGGGGAGGUUACACGCUUCGGAAUGUUCCCCGCUGUUGGUGUUAUGAGACAGCGGUUGCAGUUGGGGUGGAACUGGAUAGCAAGUUGCCUGAAAAUGACUACUUCUAUGAUUACUAUGGCCCAUUUUUCACUCUUGAAAUUGAACAAAUGCUCUUUGAAAACAAGAACUCAUCCAGCGAUUUGGAGAAACUCAGGAACGGGCUGCUCGAGCAAAUUUCCAGAUUAGCACAUGCCCCUAGUGUACAAUUUCAAACAGUGCCACCUGUUAUGCCAGUUCCAAAAAAGGAAGAGGAAGAUUGGGAUAUAAAACCAAAAAUCCCAAUAUGUAGUGGUGCGCCUUACGAGUCUGAUGAUGAGAAGCCUCAACAUAGAACCUUGAACACUGAUGGACAGUCUAGUUCAAAUGUUAAUACGAGGUUUAUUCCAGGUAAAGUCAAGGAAGAGAAAACGACAGAUCCCUAG